UCGAUUUGGAAUGCAAAUAUAGAGAGUUUGUGCCAGUUUAGGAGUUUGAACCAAAUCCCUGCCAAUGGGCCAGCCAGCAGGAUGACGCCCAAGAAAAAGCGACAGCGCGGCAAGAGUCGCGCCCAGGCCCAACAACAUCAACAGCUGCUGGCUGCCCUGGAGCUGACCGACAGCUGCUGCGAUAUUUGCCACUGCGACUGCUACAGUUCGCACAGCAGCAGCAAUGUGAGCGGAGGCCCACAGUCGGCAACGGAACUGCAGCAGCUGGAGCACGAGAUACACGCCUUGGAGCAACUGCAGCGCAGCGAGAGCGGCCAGCGGCGCAGGCAACGCAGCGCUUCCAAAUCCCCAACCCAGGCAAAGGCCACGCACAAUCGACGCGGCUCCGCCGAGUGCCAGACGCGCGUCUCCACAGCCUCCGCCAGAGGCAGACGCUCCAAGAGCGCGGGCAGCCAACGUAGUCAGUCCAGACAGGAUACGCCGGAGAAGCCGGACAAACAGCGAACGGGACGUGCGGGCGCGCUGCGCGAUUGCCAGAUGCUGCAGACUGUGUUUGGUUCACUCAACGCUGUCGAUGCCACGACGCUGGCCAUCAGCGGCAGCAGCAGAUCCAAGUCGAAGUCACAGGAGAACAUGGCGUUGGUGCCGCUGGCCCAGAACUUAACGCGCGGCAACUCCUUGUGCGCCUCCAUGGCCAAUCUGUGCCUGGCGCCAACGGUGCGCGCCGCCUACGCGCAGGUGCCCAGCCACGAUCAGAGGAUACUCAAUCGGAUGGCAGUGAAGCGUAGCGAGCGGGCGGCGGACAAGGAGCACGCUUGGCUGGCGCGCAAGUACUGGGAGAAUGAGCGGCUGGAGCGUCAAUUGCUCAAGUGCGAGCAGCUGGAGGAGUACAAGCGCGCCGUGCACGACAAACAGUUUCAGGACUAUCUGAUGACCAAGGCGCGCCUCCAGGCGCUGGCCGAGCGCGAUCUGGCCGAGCUGCGACGUCUGCGCGGUGCACUGGACGCCAAAGAUGCGGCGGCCAAGCAGCGUUUGGAUGCGAUGCGGCUGGAGCGUGACUUGACGCUUUGCCAGCGCCGCUAUGAGGAAUCGCGACGCAACGAGGCCGUCAAUCUGCAGCAGGAGGAGCAACAGCUGGAUGCGACACUGCGGAAGCGUGACACUUGCAUGCGGCUCACACAACGUCUGCGCCGGGCGGAUGAACUGCGCGCCCAGCUGCUGGAGGGCUAUCUGAAGCGGCUGCAGCACGACAAUCAAGUGGAGCAGCUGCAUCAUGAGGAGCACUGGCGCGAGCGCCAGCAAUUGGAACGUCUGAAGCGUGAGCAACUGCAGCAUGACAUCCAAAGGAAACGCCAGCAAUCGCAGCGCUUUGUGGACACUCGACAGCGGCGACACGAGGCACGCUUUCGCACUGCCAAGAUCUCGGCGAGCCUCAGGGAGCUCGUCCGGCAAUCCGUCACACCUGAAUCGGCUCUGGAUCAGCAUUCGAACAGCUUCUAUGCCCAGCAGCAGUCACAGCUGGGUCGCCUGCUUUUCAAGAAGGAUUUAGCUAAAUAG